AUGGUUUAUUGUACUAUUCACACUCAGGUUCAACUGAGAAAAUCAAACUCAACUUCUGAACGAAGGAAUUCAUGCUUGGCCGUGGAGCCAGAUGAUACCUUGUUUCUAUAUUGCAGCACUGCCCUUCAUCAAAUGAUUAGACUAAGGAAGGAGACUCUCCAGCAGAAAAAGGGUCGUGGGAAAGUGUCUACUGGACGAUGCCUGAUUAUGGAGAAGGAAUUAGAACUAUUAAACACUCUGGUGAUGAAAGACAAAUUUUCGAUUUCAGCAAGUCUCAAAAACUUGCAUGAAGGAAAUCUGAUUUUUUCCACGGAUUAA